UGGUCAUCUUGCCUGUUGUUGCUGUUCUGGUUGGAGUUGCUGUGUUCAGCUCAAACUGUGGAGGUUUUUAUACACGAAACAGGAAAUGCACACACCCGACCCACCUCACAGAUAAGUCAACAAAGAAAUGUUGCGAGCCAUCCCACUGCCCACCUCCACCCAACUUCAUAUCUUUGGGUGGAGCAACAGUGCUCCUUUAUAAGUUGUACACCCAAGCAAGACAUGCACAACAAUCAACAAGGCAAGAUGGUUGCAUGGACAGACUUCGAGCGAGCCACAAUCAAGGACAUCUUCUCCAAGAUCGACUAUGAAAUCGUUGGCCCAGCAGCUAUUUCCAGGUGUCUGAUUGUCUACCCCUGGACUCAGAGGUAUUUCGCUGGCUUUGGAAACCUCUACAAUGCUGCUGCCAUCACAUCAAAUCCGAAAGUUGCUGCUCAUGGAAAAGUCGUCAUGCAAGGUCUGGAAAAAGCUGUGAAGAACAUGGACAACAUCAAGGCCACAUUUACAGAGCUGAGCACGCUGCACUCUGAGAAACUGCAGGUGGACCCUGACAAUUUCAUGCUCCUGGGCGACUGCCUGGCCAUUGUGGUUGCUUCUCAGUUGGGUAAAGACUUCACUCCCGAGGUCCAUGCAGCUUUCCAGAAGUUCCUGGCAGUGGUGGUGUCCUCCCUAAGGAGGCAGUACUACUAGAGAGCUGCAGAGAACCAUCACAUGUUCUGAAUUUAAGCUGUUUAAAUGAGCUUUCAA